AUGAUUGGAGGUCACAGUUUGACCGGAGCACCGCACCAAAUUCCACCGCCUCGUACACAAGGUGCUGCUACAGGAGGUCAACAGCUUUCGGCAACUGCCAAUCAAUUUGUGGAUAAAAUCGACCCGUUUCACAACAAAAGAGGAACAAGCAGAAGACUUCGUAUUAGUAACAGUAGUCGUUUCAAUGUGGACUCCAACCAAGAACUUGUUCAAUUGCCUCUAAUUAAAGAUACGCCGCCAUCUGAACAGAAUACGUUAGUUAUUGAGAAAUUGAAUCAAUGCAUGUAUGUGUUCGAUUUCUACGAUCCAGUCGUCCAAUUGAAAUGCAAAGAAAUCAAAAGAGCUGCAUUAAAUGAGCUUAUUGAUCACAUUACGACAACGAAAGGUGCCAUUGUAGAGUCAAUUUAUCCAGUUGUGAUUAAAAUGGUCUCGAAGAACAUUUUCCGCGUUCUUCCACCAUCGGAAAAUAUGGAAUUUGAUCCGGAAGAGGAUGAACCAACUCUUGAAGUGUCGUGGCCACAUUUGCAGUUAGUCUAUGAGCUUUUCUUGCGUUUCCUUGAAUCGCCCGAUUUUCAAGCAUCGAUAGGAAAGAAAUACAUCGAUCAAAGAUUCGUUUUGAAGCUGCUUGAUCUUUUUGACUCUGAAGAUCCACGUGAACGCGAUUUUUUGAAGACAGUUCUUCACAGAAUUUACGGAAAAUUCUUAGGUCUUCGAGCAUUCAUCAGAAAACACAUCAAUAAUAUCUUUUUGAGGUUCGUCUACGAGACAGAAUCAUUCAAUGGAAUUGGUGAGCUUUUGGAAAUUCUUGGAAGCAUCAUCAACGGUUUUGCGUUGCCGCUGAAACAAGAACAUAAAGUGUUUCUUGUAAAAGUACUGCUUCCAUUGCACAAACCUAAAUGUUUGUCGUUAUAUCACGCCCAGCUUGCCUAUUGUGUCGUUCAAUUUAUCGAGAAAGACUCGUCCUUGACUCCACAAGUGUUCGAAGCUCUGCUUAAAUUCUGGCCAAGAACUUGUAGCAGUAAAGAAGUGAUGUUCCUUGGAGAGGUUGAAGAGAUUCUCGAUAUCAUUGAGCCGGAGCAGUUCAAGAAAAUUCUGGAUCCUCUCUUCAGGCGGCUCGCGAAAUGUGUGAGCAGUGCGCAUUUUCAAGUCGCAGAGCGUGCACUUUAUUUCUGGAACAACGAAUAUAUUCUCUCGCUGAUCGAAGACACCAGCUCAUUGGUGAUGCCAAUCAUGUUCCCGGCAUUAUAUCGAAUAUCAAAGGAACAUUGGAAUCAGACAAUUGUUGCGCUUGUAUACAAUGUACUCAAAACAUUCAUGGAAAUGAAUGGAAAGUUGUUCGAUGAACUGACAUCGACUUACAAAGCGGAACGACAGAAGGAAAAGAAACGCGAAAAAGACAGGGAAGAAUUUUGGAAAAAAAUGGAAGCACUCGAAUUGAAUCCUCCAAAUGAUGGGCACGAAGUUGAACCGUCAUUGUUUCCAGAGAAUCUACAAAUGGUCGCCCAAAGGGAAUUAGGCGUUUCACCAAAUUCGACUUUUGGUUCAUCUGGAGGUGACAAAUCGCCUGCUUCUGUUAAGAAAAAUUCAUCGGGUGCUGAUGCUACAGGAAAGAAAUAG